UGUGAGAACAAUAAUCGAGGAGCAUUAAUGCCCAAAUGGAGGAGCUUACCAGGGUAGGUGCAUAUGCAGCAAUACUUAUGUCAGAUUUGCCAGAUAUAGGAGUGGAUCGAUACAACAUUCCAAAUGAGGUCCUCUCAACUGUUUCAGGUGGAUUAGUAACGAAGUAUGCCAGAAGUGUAAGUGGUGCCAAUAUAAGAUGCAUGAGGUUCAUGUUAACAAUUUUGGGUUCAAAACCAGCACCAGAAGUGGCCAAUUUUUCUUCAAAGGGGCCAGACCCAAUCAACCCAGGUAUUGUAAGACCUGAUAUUAUUGCCCCAGGAAUUGAUGUUCUGGCAGCAGUCGCCCCAAAAAAGCCCUUCACUGAAUUAGGCAAAUAUAAACUAGUGACAGAUUAUGCACUAUACUCUGGCAAAUCAAUGGCAGAACCCCAUGUUGCAGGAGUGGCAGCUUUGCUCAAAGCUGUUCACCCUAGUUGGAGCCCAGCAGCCAUCAAAUCAGCUAUAAUGACCACAGUGUACACACAAAGCAACAAUGGUUCCACUUUAAUAGACCAACUUACUCAUCUUCCUGCCACACCUCGAUGCUAUGGUGCUGGUCAUGUCAACCCGACUAAAGCUAUCGAUCCCGGUCUUAUCUAUGACAUGGAUCAGCAAGAUUAUAUUGACUUCCUAUGUGGCCUUGGAUACAAUGAUGCAAAGAUGAAAGCUGUUCUUAGACAAAGCCAAUGUAAUUGUAGCAAAGGGAGAACUGAUCUAAACUACCCUUCCUUUGUUGCCAUAUUCAGCAAUCAAGCUACCUCUAAUUUUCACUGAGAAAUAUCAGAAGCAAAAUUUUCAUGUGAGUGUAGAAAUUGAUGGAGAAGCUCCACCAGUUGUCUACGGGCAUCUCUACUGGAUCAAUAAAAAAAUUAACCAUGU